GGAGGGGACUUUCAGUCAGAGAAAAGCUCCGGCAAAUGCUUCCGCCUUUGACAUAUUUGGGAGAAGAAAAUCUGGGGAGGAGGAAGGAAGGAAAGAGGGAAAUUAAUUCUAUGAAGCCAUUUCUACCAUGAUGAGAAACAAACCAGCAUCUAGUGGAUAUUGUGAAAUUUGGAGACCAAAAGUGCAAUAAGGAAAAGAAAAGAGAAACAAUCCCCUCAAGGUGCUGAUCUAGCUAAACUCUUAAACUCACUUUGGAUCAGAAAAAAAGAAUAGUCAAGCACCCAUAUUGCAGUUAAACAUAUAGAUCAUUCUCAACAUGGAGGAGAAAGAAUAUAAAUGUACUGAAUGUGGAAAGAGCUUUAAUCAGCAUGGACAUCUGCAAUUACAUGAAAGAACUCACACUGGGGAGAAACCCUAUGAAUGCCUGGAGUGUGGAAAGAGCUUCACUCAGAAUGGGCAUCUACAUAAACAUCAAAGAACUCACACUGGAGAGAAACCCUACAAAUGCAUGGAAUGUGGAAUGAGGUUCACUGACCGUGGGCAUCUACAAAGACAUCAGAAAAUUCACACUGGGGAAAAACCCUAUGAAUGCCUGGAGUGUGGAAAGAGCUUCACUGUGAAUGAACAUCUACAAUCACAUCAAAGAACCCACACUGGGGAGAAACCCUUUACAUGCCUGGAGUGUGGAAAAAGCUUCACUCAGAAUGGACAUUUACAUAAACAUAAAAAAACUCACACUGGAGAGAAACCCUAUAAAUGCAUGGAAUGUGCAAAGAUCUUCGCUGACAGUGGACAUCUACAAAGACAUCAUAGAAUUCACACUGGAGAGAAACCCCAUAAAUGCCUGGAGUGUGGAAAGAGCUUCACAGUGAAUGAACAUCUACAUUCACAUCAAAGAACUCACACUGGGGAGAGACCCUAUAUAUGCCUGGAGUGCGGACAGAGCUUCAGUCAGAAUUCACAUCUAUAUAAACAUCAGGUAACUCACACUGGGGAGAGACCCUAUAAGUGCAUGGAGUGUGGAAUGAGUUUCACACAGAGCGGAAGUCUACAUAGACAUCAAAGGAUUCACACAGGGGAGAAGCCUUAUAAGUGCAUUGAAUGUGAAAUGAGGUUUACUCAGAGUGGAGAUCUAUAUUUACACCAAAGAACUCACACAGGGGAGAAACCCUAUACAUGUAAGGAGUGUGGAAUGAGUUUCACUUACAGUGGACAUCUAUACACACAUCAAAGGACUCACACUGGAGAGAAACCCUAUACAUGCCCUGAGUGUGGAAAGAGCUUUGCUCGUAGUGGAAAUCUACAUAGACAUCAAAGAACUCACAAUAGGUAGAAACCCUAUAGAUGGCUAAAGUGUGAAAGGAGCUUCUAUCAUAGCCAGCUCUGAUAGCAAGGAUGAGGUGUGACUGGAAGGACCAGCGAGGAAGUGGAGGUCAGCAGCUCCCAGCAGUCACCUCGCCAUAGCUCAGCCUUCAGCAGUAACAACAACAACAAUUUUAUUUUUAUACCUCACCCCAUCUCCCCGAAGGGACUUGGGGCGGCUUACAUGGGGCCAAGCCCAGUCAACAACAAUAAAACAGAGCAAUAAAACAGAUCAAAUAACAAUAAAAACAAGUCAUAAAAAUCAUUACCCAGAGGUCUGAGCAAUCACUAAACAGAGGUCUGAGCAAGCUGGGCCAAAUACAUCAGGACCAAUUAAUGAGGUUUUAAAUAUGCUCCCACCUUUGUAAUGCAGAAAAAAGUGUAUAGAGUUUCUCAGGUGUGCAAGAUUAGCAGAGAAAGAAACAUUCAACAUGCAACACACCAGUGCCUUAAAUGAAGAAAUAGUUUUCUAAGAUCUACAGAAGUAUUCGCAGGGACACAUCAGCAAGCGAAAGUCCAAAAGUGGCAGGCUAAAACACGGAAUCCCAAUCAGUGACUGACGCCGGAUGAGAGACUCCCUCCUGGGAACACAGAAGACUGGGCGACUUGGAAGGCGCUGAACAGACUGCACUCUGGCACCACGAGAUGCAGAGCCAACCUUAAGAAAUGGGGCUACGAAGUGGAGUCCAUGACAUGCGAGUGUGGAGAAGAGCAAACCACAGGCCACCUACUACAAUGCGGUCUGAGCCCUGCUACAUGCACAAUGGAGGACCUUCUUACAGCAACACCAGAGGCACUCCCAAGUGGCCAGCUUCUGGUCAAAGGACACUUCAUAUAAUGCCAAGUUUUUUUUUAACAUUGCUUGUGUUUUCAAAUACUUUGCAACUUGUACCCUUGGUUCGCUUCUGACAUGAUAAAUAAAUAAAGCUUAGAUGUUAGGAUA